GUCAUCGCAGAGAUGCAGGCGUCGCAUCUCACGUUGGCGGUGCAUACGAAGAUGCUGACAUAUUCUCUCGUCGAGGUCGAGAGCAGCAUCUCCACCCUCGUGAUGCACCAGUCGGGGCCCUCCACCGCCGAGCCCCCGCUCGAGACGGAUGUCGACAGCGAGACGGAGCCCCCGCGCAAGUCCUUGCGCCUGCCUCACGAUCCCGAGGCGGCGGUGGCACAUGUGGCGGGCGACGACAGCGACGGCGCCAUGAAGGGCGUCACGGCUCGCG